AUGAAUAUUGAAACAACAAAGACAGCAACAACACAACUGUUGAAUGAAUAUUACCAAAUCAGCACUCAAGCCAUACCAACACAGAGAGUCAAGUCUGAAUGGCAGGCUGACAACAAACGAGAGUUCCACAAGACAACAUAUCUCAUUUGGUGUAUGGCUGGUGGUGUAGAAUCUGAUGAUGAGUAUUGUCCAUAUGAUGAUAAUGGCUGUACUCCUGUAGAUUACCAGAAAAUCCACAUCGGAACGUUCCUUGCUCUCGUUUGUGAUUGUUUUCCGUGGAUUGUUCUGGUAUUUUAUGUAGCUCACUUUUUGCCUCGCACGCAUAUGUGCAAUACAAUCCGUAGUGUGUUGCUCAAUGACACUGAUCAAAUGCAUGCCAUUCAUCAGACAUUGUUGAAACCAUUACAAAACCUGUUUGGACCAAAUCAAACUGUGACAAAUACCGCAUACUCGGAUCAUCGUCAACUAAACCAGGAAUACACACUUUGA